AGCUUUUUCGCCUGCAAUAUAUAAGAUGCCGAAAUAAAGGUUCAUUCUUGUUGCCUCACCACACUACCAAACAUCCUUUCGGGCGAUCAGCUUCGGUGCAUCCUAUACAAAGACGAACUCAGCCCUUCUCAGCAGAUCUUUCUGGGAUCAAGAGAGGGCUACACCAUUAUAUGUCCUAUAACUCUCUCCCUAUCUUUGGCUUAUUGUUGACCUUGCACUGCCCCCAGCCAGUUGGCAGUAACAAGCGACCCCAUGGCACUCCAACGCAAGCUAUCUCACUUGUGGCGAUCGGGCGGGACCGGUCCUGUUUAAACGUCUGCCUCCCAUUCCCGAAUCCACCCAGCACAUCAACACCGAGAACCACAGGAGCGGACCAACUUCGCAGAAUCUCAACAUGAAUAUCUCCACUUGGAUCCCACCACCACGUCCAGAACCUGAGACAUUGCGCAACCCUCCACCGUUCCAGCCAUUUCCACUCGGUCAGAUACGCAGUGGCAAGAUCAGAAAAUCGCUCGGCAACGGUCGUAUCGAAACUGCAAUCUUCAAGACAAGCAUUCCAGGGCCUGUCACUAUCACCAAGAAUGGUAUUGUUGGCGAUGAGCAUGCCUACGAGCCACACCGCAGUCCAGAUAAGGCACUCCUACAUUAUUGCACUUCACACUACAACAAAUGGUCUAAGGAAAUUCCCAUUUCAGAAGCGCACUUUAAGCCCGGUGCUUUCGGUGAGAAUAUCUUCAACGCUGAAGUGAGCGAACGAAACGUAUGCAUUGGUGACCGCAUCGCCAUCGGCGACGUCAUCGUCGAAGUCGCCGAGCCUCGGUCACCAUGUUACAAGCUAAAUCACCGCUUCGAAGUCAAGGACAUGGCCAAACGCACACAGACCCUCUUUCGAACAGGCUGGCUAUAUCGGGUUGUCAAGCCUGGUACCAUAGCUGCUGGAGAUACUGUUCGGCUUCUUGAGCGACCGCAUCCAGACUGGACGGUUGCGAGAAUCGAGUAUUAUCUGUUCCUCGAAACAGACAAAACGGAUAUGAUGAAGGAGAUCAUCGAAAUUCCACAGCUUGGUUGGGAGAUCAAGGACAAGUUCCGCGCCCGACUGAUGAAAGGCGUUACGGAGAACCAGGAUGGUCGUAUGUAUGGCGGCUCAGACGACGCAAUGGAUGCCUGGUACGAGUGUCGCGUUGUCGAGAAACGCAAGGAGACCAGCAAUGUCACAUCGUUCACCCUCGAGACCAUCGAAGACACACCCAACCCUUCACCAGUCGAACCCGGCAGCCACAUCCGUCUCAAAUUUGGCGGGAAGCUCGUUCGCACAUACUCUGUCACACGCGGCACUACGAAGCGCUUCAGUCUCGGUAUCGCGCUUGAUGAGAAUAGCCGAGGUGGCUCAAGAUAUCUACACGAGAUCGUCCAAGUCGGUUCUGUCGUCACCGCAGGACGCAUAACCGCAUCCUUCCCCCUCGCCUCCGCUACAGACAUGCACAUCAUCAUCGCCGGCGGAAUUGGUAUCACCGCCUUCCUCGUCGCCUUAUCGUAUCUCCAGAAGACCAAGCAGAACUUCCACAUGCACCACGCUGUGUCCGCCGAAGUCCCGUUCAAAGAGCAGAUCACCGCCCUCGGAGCCAACGUGACUGUCUACAACAAGUCAGAAGGCAGACGUAUGGACCUCAAGGCCAUUCUCGGGCAUGCAGACAGCCGCACGCAUAUCUAUACCUGUGGUCCGACCCGGCUGAAGGACGCCGUUCUCGCCACCGCAAAGUCACUCAGCAUCCCCGAUGCGCUCGUGCAUACGGAGCAGUUCACAGUCACUACGUCCGGCAAUCCGUUCUCUGCGGAGUUGAGGCAAAGCAAGAGAGUCGUGGAGGUCAGUGCGACUCAGACGCUGCUCGAUGUGUUGAAAGAGGCGGGGAUGGACGUUGAUAGCUCAUGCGAGGUCGGUAAUUGUGGAACUUGUAAGGUCGAUGUUGUUGAUGGACGGGUCGAGCAUAUGGGGACUGGGUUGCAACAGGAAGAGAAGCGUGGGGCGAUGUUGACUUGUGUGAGCAGGGGUGUUGGGAGGAUUGUGCUGGACCUCUAGGUGUGUUGUCGAGUCACUCAGGGUCUUCGCAACAAGCGCAGCUUCGAGCGUGAUAAAAAAGGUCAUGGGAUCUACCACAAUGGCCACAAAGUCGAUGCGCUAUUAUAAGCAAUCACCUAGUCAUGUGGAAGUCUAGGUCAGUCUGCUGUUAAUGCCAUGCCAUCAUGAA